CCCCCCCAGCGCCGGCCAGGCUGCUACGAAUCGACAGGUAGGACUCGGGUCUAGCGAGUUUCCGUCGGCAGAGUCUAGCUAGGAUGGCCCCGUGACGGUUGGGCGACUCUCUGCCAUCUACAUCUACACGGGGCAGGUCUUUCUAAAUAUAUCGACGCAUCUCGAUGCGAAAAAUGCAACGGCGAUUCCAAGGCAAGGCGGCGGAGGGAGGAGGGACAAGGAGACGAAGAGGAGCUCGGCUAGUUUAAUAAAAUUGCCAUCGCAGCAGAAAAGUGGGAUGGAUUGUUUCUAUCCCGUCCUGCCCCAGUCGCAGGAGAUGGGAUGGGAGAGCGACCCCGCUAGGAGGCGGUAUGGCAUAUGUGCGGCCGUUAUCUCUCGAUAUGGAGAGGAGCCCGUCCAGGUUACAUGAUUCAUGUUCUUCAAGCCGAGCGGGUGGUCAGGAUUCAGAUUGAGCCUGCGUGGCGCCCAAUGAGAUGCUACCGUCCCGUCCCGGAGUCAUGGGCACGGGAAACUCAAUGUAUGUCGGGAAGAGUAAGGUAUGGAUGGAUGGAUGGAUGGACGUGCAAUGGAGGUAAGCCUCGAAGCCGUGCCAUCCUCGGUCAUUUCUUUUUGGGUAGACUUGUUCCAUCAUUCCAUCAUUCCCUCCAGGGUAGGUAUAUUGAUUUUCUCUACACGUACGCGUCCGGCCCUACGAUACGCCCGUCCUAUUCGCGCCACCGACGGACAAGACGCUACUUGUCGGCGCUAUUUGUUUCUCUUUUCUUCCUCACCAUCGAGCCGAGACCGCUACCUCCAUCUGACCCCAGCAAGCUGUUCCCGAUUGAGCCCCGUCCUCGCUGCGAGAAAGCGACAGCUACCGGGAGGCGCGUCACCUACAUUGUAUGUGUACGCGUGGAGGCGACUCGUCCAGGCGUUGCUCAUAUAUGCACCCUCCCGCUUCCGCGCCUUGUCGUCGAGGGGUGUGAAACCUCUCCAGGUCGUCCCCUCAAGCUAACCAUUGUUUUUCCCCUCCCUCCCCCUUCCGCCUUCAAUCCCGAUCUUCAACACUCGGCUUGCAGCGACGCGCGCGUAGCGAUAGGGGGGCUGCUACGAUCGCAUUCCGUCUUCGGCAUAUCGCGGCUCAACUUAGGAGCAGGAUCGUGAUGUCGGCUCAGCGCCGGCACAAGCACAGGCAUAUCAUCCGCGCCAGGCCAAUCACCAGCGGAUGCGU